AUGACGAGCGAGCCAGUCCUCAACUUCCCCUUCGCCUACCGCGCUCUCUUCCUCUACUUUGAAGCUGUUGGAGCCUUCGUCGGCGCCCUGUUGCUUCACUUUCGCCCCGCGAGCUUCCUCAACGCCAUGGCCCCGGCCGCCAAAUACGCGCCGGAUAACCAGAUUAUCUACGACCAACUUGCUGCGACAUAUAUCCUGUUUGCGUUCAAUGAAGCCAUUAUCUUGCGCACUACGAAUGACCUGCGGGUGUGGAGAGGGAUCCUGAUCGGUAUCUUGGUGUGCGAUGCUAUACAUUUAUUUGGGAGUUGGGCAACUCUGGGCGGAACUGUGUUCUGGGAUCCUCGUACCUGGAGGCCCGAAGAUUGGGUGAACCUUGUGAGUCUUUGGGGACAGGCGGCCGUCCGGCUUGCUUUCGUGGCAGGAGUCGGCCUCAAACAGACUGCGGCUACGAAGAAUGAGUGA